AAACUCGAAAGUCUUCCCUCUCAUUGUAAACUUUAGGAAACUUUGGAUCCAUAAAUAAGUCUCAGAACACGAAAUUCUCAUCACAAAAUUCUCAUACCACAAUACAAAAGAAAUUGAAGCUAGCAAACUCAUCAAAUGGCGGAAAUGGCAGUGUCCUUCGCACGAGACAAAUUGCUUUCACUGCUAAGCAAUGAAGCAAACCUGCUUUCCGGCAUCCCCAAAGAAUUUGCAGACAUAAGAAAAGUACUAGAUGUCAUUCAAGCCUUCCUCAAGGAUGCAGAUAGCAGGGCUGCAAAUGAAGGAGACAACACAAAUGAGGGGAUCAGAACAUUGGUGAAAGAGUUGAGGUAAGCAUCUUUUCGCAUAGAAGAUGUCAUUGAUGAAUACUUGAUCUAUGUGGAACAACAGCCUGAUGCUCUUGGAUGUGCAGCUUUGCUCUGUCAGAUUAUUCACUUCAUUGAAACUUUGAUGCCUCGUCACCGAAUUGCAUCAGAGAUUCAGCAGAUUUAGACAGUUGUUGAUGGAAUCAUGCAAAGAGUUCAAAAUUAUAACUCCCUAAAUCAACUUUUUUCUAAACAAGGACAAAGCAGUCAUGGAGGUGUCCAACGUCAUCAGCCUCGAUCAAAUCCACGUUUCCUUGAAGAUGCUGAAGUUGUUGGCUUUGAAGACACCAAAGAUGAAUUGAUUGGGUGGUUAGUAGAGGGACCAGCAGAGCGGAUUGUCAUCUCUGUGGUCGGAAUGGGAGGGUUAGGAAAAACAACUCUUGUUGGCAGAGUUUUCAACAACCAGAAGGUGACUGCACACUUUGAUUCCCAUGCAUGGAUCACUGUGUCUCAAUCCUACACCUUGGAAAAGUUGAUGAGAGACUUGUUGAAGAAUUUAUGCAAAGAAGAAAAGAAGGAGCCUCCUCGAGAUGUUUCUGAAAUGGAUCAAGAUUCAUUCAUUGAUGAAGUGAGAAACCAUUUGCAGCAAAAGAGGUACAUUGUUAUUUUUGAUGAUGUGUGGAGUGUAGAACUUUGGGGUCAGAUUAAAAAUGCCAUGCUUGAUAAUAACAAUGGAAGUAGAAUAGUGAUAACAACAAGGAGCAUGGAUGUUGUAAACUCUUGUAUGAAUUCUCCUUCAGAUAAGGUGCAUGAGCUGAAACCUUUAACUUUUGAAAAAUCUAUGGACCUGUUUUGCAAGAAGGCAUUCCAACGUCACAACAAUGGAGGUUGUCCAGAAGAUCUAGAGGAUAUAUCUUCUGACUUUGUUGAAAAAUGUAAGGGUUUGCCAUUAGCAAUUGUAGCUAUUGGUAGUCUUUUAAAAGACAAAGAAAAGACUCCAUUUGAAUGGGAAAAAGUUAGGCUAAGUCUGAGUUCAGAGAUGAAGAAAAAUCCCCAUUUAAUUGGUAUACAAAAGAUUUUAGGUUUCAGUUAUGAUGAUUUGCCAUACUAUCUUAAAUCAUGCUUGUUGUAUUUUGGAAUAUAUCCUGAAGACUAUAGAGUUAAAUCGAAAAGACUAACUCGCCAGUGGAUUGCUGAAGGAUUUGUAAAAGAGGAAGAAGGAAAAACUGUGGAAGACGUUGCACAACAAUAUCUAACAGAGUUGAUUGGCAGAAGUUUAGUGCAAGUAUCUUCAUUUACCAUAGAUGGCAAAGCUAAGAGUUGUCAUGUUCAUGAUCUAUUACGGGAUAUGAUCCUUAGAAAAUGCAAGGAUUUAAGCUUCUGCCAGCAUAUUAGUAAAGAAGAUGAGUCCAUGUCAAAUGGGAUGAUUCGACGCUUAUCAGUAGCAACCUAUUCCAAAGAUUUAAGGAGGACUACUGAAAGCUCACACAUCCGGUCACUACUUGUUUUCACAGGUAAAGUUACCUACAAAUAUGUGGAAAGAAUCCCUAUAAAAUACAGGCUAUUGAAGAUACUUGAUUUUGAAGAUUGUCCAAUGGAUUUUGUUCCUAAAACAUGGGGAAAUCUAGCACACUUGAAGUACUUAAGCUUAAGGCGUUGCAUUGGAGCUGAAGUUCUUGUGAAAUUCAUUAGUAAGUUGCAGAACCUCGAGACCUUGGACAUAAGGAACGCAAAGCUUGGGGAAAUGUCAAAGGAGAUUUGCAAGCUCACAAAGCUACGACAUCUUUUGGUUAAGAAUGUGAAGUUGUUUGAAUUGAAGAAUGGUCUUGGAGGCAUGACAUCCCUACAAACAUUGUGUCAAUUAAGUGUAGGUUAUAAUGAAGAUGAUGAUGUAGUAGAGUUGUUGAAAGAACUAGGAAAGUUGAAGCAGUUAAGGAGCUUAGGCUUAAUUGACCUUAAGGAAGGAUUAGGAACUGCUCUAUGUUCAACAAUAAAUGAGUUGCCAAACUUGGAGAAACUACAUAUUCAGUCAGAUUGGGAUUUUGAUUUCAAUGUUAUUGAUUUGCCUCUUAUUUCAUCUCUUGCUAUGUUGAGGAAGCUUAAACUAAGUGGGAGGUUAAAUAAGUUUCCAGAGUGGGUCCCACAACUCCAAAAUCUUGUAAAAUUGUCUUUGUUACGCUCCCGGUUAACUGAUGAUCCAUUGAAAUCACUACAAAAUAUGCCUCAUUUGUUGUUUCUAUACUUUGGCUACUGUGCUUAUGAAGGUGGAAGUUUGUAUUUUCAAAAUGGAGGGUUUCAACAACUAAAGGAACUAUAUCUCUAUGAAUUACGGUACUUGGGUUCCAUCAUUAUCGAUAUAGGAGCACUAUGUUCUCUAGAAACACUCGAAUUGUAUAGAAUACACCUCGAGACAGUACCUCAUGGUAUCCAACACUUGGAAAAACUUCAAGUUCUCAACGCUUAUGGUUUGCCAGAUAAAUUCAUGGAAUGCGUUGCUCCCGAUGGAGGACCAGAGCACCCAAGCAUCCAACAUGUGCCCCUUGUUAGAAUUACUUCCUAUGGAAAAACAACACGCAUUAUUCAUCACUGAAAUUCAAGGCAUUAGAAUUCAUAAAAAGGAAUUGGGCUUCUUCCAGUGCUUUCAAAAUUAGAUUCUCCGUGUUGGGCUUCAACAAUGGUAUUGUAUGUUUUUUUGGAAUUGACUCUUUGGUCCUGCAUCAAAAGAAUACAUGGAAUUGUCUUUCAUUAACAAAGUCAUAUUUAUGACAUUUUUUUAUGUAUAAUGUGUGAACAAUGUGCUUUUGAAUGAUUGUAUGAUCAUAUUUUUAUAUUGACUUAUGUCUUUCUAUUGGGGAGUAAGAAAAAAAAAACUUCUAUCUCAAA